GAAAAAAAAUUACGAUAAAUUUUGAAAAGUCGCCGUUUACGAAUUUACGAAAGGUUCUCGACGCGCAACAAACGAGAUGCCAUUCGAUUCUGACGAAACGAGCGUAUUUUCUCUACGCAGAUGGACCGAUAUCGAUCAUAUUCGAAAAACCUAUUGGCGCGCUUGUUCGACGGACGUGGCGAGGAGAUGCUUUCGGCUCGAUGCUCCGCAAGCCCAAGGACUCCCGAUCCGCAUCGCGACGUCCGCAGUAACACGUUUAUAUACGGUUGUCCAGCUGACCGCACGCAAAGGCGAGAUGUCGUUGAUCCGGACACUGUGGAGAUGCACAUUUAGCCCGCGGCUUUUUAAGAUUUACGAGGUAACGUGGAUCGGUCUGGUUGACAAAUCGUAUGAAGCGAAGAACCUAGAGCGAUGGGGUGAUCAAAUCGUCAUUUCCUUUGCAGCAAUAUGGUCUAUAAGCCUUUAUGCUGUACCAGUUAUCGCUAUGUUCGCCAUGUACCAGCGUAGCUAUUCUUUGAUAGAUAACGUUUCUUGCUUGAGUAAAGUGGCAGCUGGAGCUGGUGCACUUCUCAUUGCCUCGUUGGCUGCACGUGGUUAUUCCAGAAUCAAUAAUCCAGCGUAUGUAAAGUUUGUGGACACUCUGAACGAAGCUCACUUGAAUUAUAAUGCAAGUACAAAGCAAGAACUUCACAAAUAUGAUUUUGAAUUCUGGGCAUGGCCUGUAGACUUCAAUGUGACAGGUGACAUUGCAGAUAAAUUGACAUUAGAAAAAAUUGCAAAAGCCAGUGGGCGUCUCAAACGGCAAAGCGGCAAAGAAUUUAUAUUUGCUAUUCCAUGUAAAUUACUUUCUUACGUUGUAGCACAUACUUUUGCGAAUAAACUGAUUUAUCCUGGCAGUAUAUCUCUCAUCGGCUGGGCAUUCGGUUCUGCAUUAGUGAAAGGGAGGUCUGAUCUAAUAAAACAAGGCGGAGAAAGAUUCAAAUUGAUGACUUCGGAUAAAAAUCAUCUUGAUGUAAUGUUCGUCGAUCGACGCACCAAAAGCAGUAAUGGUGAUACACUGGUCAUAACUUGUGAAGGAAAUUGUGGAUUUUAUGAAACAGGCAUUAUAUCCACUCCCUUAACUAAGGGCUAUUCGGUACUAGGUUGGAAUCAUCCAGGUUUUGCCAGUAGUACUGGUGCGCCAUAUCCAGAUCAAGAAGAAAACGCAAUUGAUUGUAUUAUGCGCUUUGCGAUCGAACGUCUAAAGUUUCCCGAAAAACAAAUUAUCAUAUACGGAUGGAGUAUUGGAGGAUAUACUGCCACUUGGGCCGCUAUGAAUUAUCCUUCAAUUCAAAGCUUGGUUUUAGAUGCUACAUUUGAUGAUGUACUUCCAUUAGCUAUUAAAGCAAUGCCGCCGUCCCUAGAAGGUUUAGUCCACAAUAUAAUCAGAGAUUAUUUCAAUCUACAUAUAGCGGAACAAUUAAACAGAUACAAUGGAACCAUAUUAUUAAUAAGAAGAACAGAUGAUGAAAUCAUCUGUAUACCUCAAAAUAAUUUAGCUGGAAAUCGUGGCAAUAUGUUGCUAACAAAAUUACUUCUCAGACGUUAUCCGUAUCUAUUUUUAUCUGAAACCUUUGAGUCUGGAGCAAUUUUAUCGAGGUUCUUAUCUGCUGAAACAUCCGAGAGAACAUCGAUAUUAGAAUCAUUCAGAGUAAAUGAGAAACAUUGCUUACAAUUGAUAGCGGCUGAUAUACAAAGUAACGAUGGGGUGAUAAGUUAUCCAUCUACUUUGGGAAAGGAAUGUGAUGCUAAGACAAAAUUGCAGUUAGUUCUCUUCCUGGCAACUAUGUAUAUGAAAGAUCAAUCAUCAUCACACUGCAUCCCAUUGUCUGUCGACCUCUUUCAUCCAGGUUGGGAUCCAGCAUCCACCAUCGCUGUGAAGUAACUUUUACAAUAUCAUAUUUUGAACAUCAGAACAAGUUUUCCCAGAGAUUCUUAUUUAUAUAAUACAUUUUAUGGACAAACAAAAGCGAUAAUACUGCAAUUUCGUGAUAAAUUUUUCUUGCACACAUA